UGUGGGACAGGAGCCAGCGCCACCACCGGGGACCGAAAGCUCUGUUGGAAAAACCCCGUUUUUAUCGCUCCCAGGAAUCGCUAACGAGCUAAAAAAACACCUUUUAGAGGCCGAGUCCAUGCAGAGUGUAAUGGCAGGAGCCUGACCCCUGCUUUUGGAGCUGCGCGUGGAUUAUUUUUUGGGUGCAAUCCCUGCUCUGGGUGGGUUGCAGGCCGAGGCCAUGCUGUGCACGGCGCUGGUGAUGGCCGGGAGCCUGGCGCUCACCACGGCCGUGGUGGCCCACGCCUACUACCUGAAACACCAGUUCUACCCCACCGUGGUGUACCUCACCAAAUCCAGCCCCAGCAUGGCCGUUCUGUACAUCCAGGCCUUCGUGCUGGUGUUCCUGCUGGGCAAGUUCAUGGGCAAGGUUUUCUUCGGGCAGCUGCGCGCGGCCGAGAUGGAGCACCUCCUGGAGCGCUCGUGGUACGCGGUGACCGAGACCUGCCUGGCCUUCACCGUCUUCAGGGACGACUUCAGCCCGCGCUUCGUCGCCCUCUUCACCCUCCUCCUCUUCCUCAAGUGCUUCCACUGGCUGGCCGAGGACCGCGUGGAUUUUAUGGAGAGGAGCCCCAACAUCUCCUGGCUCUUCCACUUCCGAAUCGUCUCCCUGAUGUUCCUGCUGGGAAUCCUGGACUUCCUCUUCGUCAGCCACGCCUACCACAGCAUCCUGACCCGCGGCGCCUCCGUCCAGCUCGUCUUCGGCUUCGAGUACGCCAUCCUGAUGACCAUGGUGCUGACCAUCUUCAUCAAGUACGUGCUGCACUCCAUCGACCUGCAGAACGACAACCCCUGGGACAACAAGGCCGUGUUCAUGCUCUACACCGAGCUCUUCACCGGGCUGAUCAAGGUGCUGCUCUACAUGGCCUUCAUGACCAUCAUGAUCAAGGUGCACACCUUCCCGCUCUUCGCCAUCCGCCCCAUGUACCUGGCCAUGAGGUGA